AUGUUUUAUGAAGCAUUCUUAGCCGGUGUAUGGGCGUCUGUAGGAAGUACGCUAGGAAAAUUAACAGGAACUGCUAGCGUUGUAGACGACAGUUACACCAUAUGGGUUGCCUUACUGCUGACGAUGGUGAUGGCAAACACGUGGGGCUGCAGACACUAUCUUCGCUCUCUCGAUGCUGCAUCCAACUCCGUUGCGCCUACCGUCAUUUCAGCUGCCUCUAGUUAUGUUCUUUCAGGCUUAGUUGGUAUAAUGCUGUUUGAAGAGGCUUCAUCGAUUAAGUGGUGGGUAGGCGCUAUGAUGAUCAUUUUUGGACUGGCCUUAGUAGCGCGACCCCGGGAUAAGCUCAAGGCGAAAUGA